GCAAAUGCGAGACCAAAAAAAAAAAAAAAAAAGAAAAAAAAAGAAAAACAAAAAGAGCACUCCAUAAAGGACCAAAAGGAGCAAUUGAUAACCAGAGAUUAUGAGAACGAAACCCACUCUAAAUCUCUCUCUCUCUCUUCCUCAUAAGAGGAUUUGAGGGAAAAGCAAAGAGAGAAUGAGAAGGAAAAAGAAAAGGGUAAAAUUUUUGGGCACAGAGAGAGAGAGUCCUUGGAGAUGCCACGUGUCGGAAUAUGAGUGGUUGGGUGCUUUUGGGCUUCAACAACAACGACACCAACAACACGAACACCACCCCACUCCUCUCCUUCUCUCCUGCCAUGUCAGAGUGUUAACCCCGUCCUAUGACCCCGGCGAAUCCGUAUUUGUAUGUUUCUCUCUCUACAAAAGUCUCUCUUUCUCUAUCUAAAUGAGAGAGAGAAAAAAAAACUAUCUCUUUCUCUCUCUAUUUAUUUCAUUCGUCUCCCUUUCUCUCUCUUUCUCGUAUCUCUAAUAUCUUCCUCUCUCUCUCUCUUUCCCCAAGCUUCCAUGCCCUAAAGCCCCCUCUUUGUCCAUAGCGAGCUCUCCUCCCCAAUCCGUCAAUCUCUUACUUUUGCUUUAUCUGUUUGGUUUUUGAUCCACUGCUAAGAUUGGAUCAAGUUAGUGUUAAAGUGGCUGAAAAUGCUUCACUCAGAUGCAUUGGCUUAUUCAAUAACCAGUGACAUGUUCACUGUCACUGUUGUUCAUGCAUAUAAGACCCAGGACUAAGAGAUGAGGGAAAACAGUUCGUCAACUAGUAAAAUGAUAAACCGAAACUGGGUUUUGAAACGCAAACGUAGAAAGCUUCCUUAUGGACCUGAUCUGUCUAAUGGUAAAGAACACAAUGCAGCAGCCUCAGAAUCUCCUAGGAAUACUUCUUCAACCAAACGCAAAUUGAAGAGUGAAAUAAUUAAUGAUCGAUUUUCAUCUAAGAAGAAAGGAAACGAUGGGUACUUCUAUGAAUGUGUAGUCUGUGACCUUGGUGGUAACCUAUUAUGUUGUGAUAGCUGCCCUCGAACUUAUCAUCUCCAGUGCCUGAAUCCACCUCUUAAGCGUAUUCCAAUGGGAAAGUGGCAAUGUCCAAAUUGCUGUCAGAAAGGUGAUCUUCUAGAGCCUGCAAGUCAUCUGGAUAGCAUCUCAAAACGAGCAAGAACAAAGAUUGUUAAUACAAAAUCAAAAUCCGGAAUUAAGUUAACCGAAAGAGAGAAAAUGUCUUCAAUAUUUGGAAAUUCUAUUAUUGGGAAGAAAAGGUCCUCCAGCAAAGGAAAAUCUGUUUUAACUCAGGGAAUGAAAUCCUUUGAAAAUAAACUGGUCUCCUCCCCAACAGAUGUAUCUUGCAGCGCCAAGUCAAGUCCUUCACCUGUUGGUUGUUCUAUUGAGGAUGCCAAUGUUGAGGAUGAAAAGGAGUCUGAGAAGUCCCCAACGCAAAGCACAGACAAGAAGUCACAAUCUCUUGCCAAUGAAGUUUCAUCUCCUUCAAAUGUUGCAGCAGUAGAGGCAAAAGAGGAGGCUACUGGGGCAUGUGCUUCUCCUGAGGUGAAACCUCUCUUGUCUUCUAACAAUGCUUCUAAAGGAAAUACUAUUGUUCUUGCAAUCAGUGCUACCACUGAGGAGGCUAGGAAAAGAAAAAACAAAGUGAGUAAUAAAGUUCAAAAGAAGCGUAGGACUGACAAGGGAAAAGGUGCUGUUAGUGUUUCUAAACAACGUGGAACAAAAACAAAUACUGAAAGCCCUGGAAGUAGUAAAUCACAACGAAAGCAUAAAUCUAUAAAUUGUGGGGUCUCUACAUCUUUGUCAAAGGAAGAUAGUGGAACCAAGAAUUUUGAUGUACAAAGCAAAGAUGAGAAGCAUCCUGAAAAAGCAAAAAACCCGUCAUGUUAUACAGAUAAAGCAGGAAAUCAUGUGGUUGAAACACUAGUUUGUGAAUAUAGUGUUACUGAUGAAUCUUUGCAGGUUGAUCGGAUUCUGGGAUGCCGAGUUCAAGGUGAUAACAUCUACUCUUCACGUGCCUUGUCUGUGGCAGUUGCUGAAGAUCCUUCUGAUGAUAUAUUAAUUUCUGAAAAUCAAAAUAGACUAACAGAGGAUAAUUUUGCUUGUGAUCAUGACUUGGAUGUAGGAGCUGAAACUCUUACUGAGUGUUCUCAAAAUGGUGUGAAGAGUGUAGAUGGAGAGGAAAGCAUGAAGAAUGAUACUAGAGUUGAUAAAAUGCAUGUUUAUAGAAGAUCUGUGAGCAAAGAAGGUAAAAAAGGGAAUGGCAUGGAUUUACUGAAGAAAGGUCUCAAGGAUUUGGGAUCUACUACCAUAACUGGUAAAGAUCAAGAUGAAUCUGCUGUAACUACAGAGGACUUGGGCAAAACAGAUGACGAUUUGGUUAAAGAGGAGAAUGUUGAUGCAAGUCUAAAAGUUCAGGACAUCGAUAUGAGUCUAAAAGAUCAGGACAUUGAUGUGAGUCUAAAAGAUCAAGACAAUGAUAACAAACCAAAAAUUUCUCAAACAAAUGUCUCUCCUGGGGAAAAAAAAGUUGUGGAUAUAGAAAUUGGAUCUAAUAGUGCUGCUGAGAACAAGAUACAGGAGCCCACCUUGGCUGAACCUUCAAAUGCUGAUGGAGAGAUGGUUUUGUAUGAAUUUCUAGUUAAGUGGGUAGGGAAGUCCCAUAUCCAUAAUAGUUGGGUCUCUGAAUCCCAGCUGAAAGUUCUUGCUAAGAGAAAACUGGAAAAUUACAAAGCCAAAUAUGGUACAUCUGUUAUAAAUAUCUGUGAGGAAAGGUGGAAGCAACCUCAGCGGAUAAUUGCUCUCCGUUCAUCCAAAGAAGGUAGUGAUGAAGCUUUUGUAAAAUGGAGUGGUCUCCCUUAUGAUGACUGCACAUGGGAACGACUGGAUGAACCCGUCCUAAUGAAAUUUCCUUAUUUGGUUGAUCUUUUUAAUCAAUUUGAAAAGCAAACCUUAGAAAAAGAUGCUUCUAAGGAUGAGUUACGAAGGGCAAAGGUUGACUGUCAGCAAAAUGAGAUUGUUACUCUGACAGAGCAGCCAAAGGAACUUAAAGGCGGUUCAUUGUUUCCCCAUCAGCUUGAAGCGCUCAAUUGGUUGCGUAAAUGCUGGUAUAAAUCCAAAAAUGUGAUUCUAGCUGAUGAGAUGGGGCUUGGAAAAACAGUAUCUGCUUGUGCUUUCCUUUCAUCAUUAUAUUUUGAGUUCAAAGUCGCUCUACCUUGCUUAGUCUUGGUUCCGCUAUCUACAAUGCCUAACUGGCUUGCUGAAUUUGCGUCAUGGGCUCCCAAUUUGAAUGUUGUAGAAUAUCAUGGGUGUGCUAAGGCAAGAGCCAUAAUUCGCCAAUACGAAUGGCAUGCUGGUGAUCCAAAUGAAUUGAAUAAAAAAACUGCUGCUUAUAAAUUUAAUGUUCUUUUAACUACAUAUGAAAUGGUUCUUGCUGAUUCCUCGCAUCUUCGUGGAGUUCCUUGGGAAGUUCUUAUAGUUGAUGAGGGACAUCGUCUGAAAAAUUCUGGAAGUAAGCUCUUCAGCUUGCUAAACACAUUCUCUUUCCAACACCGUGUCCUUUUGACUGGUACUCCUCUUCAGAAUAACAUUGGUGAGAUGUAUAACUUGCUUAACUUCUUGCAGCCGGCUUCAUUCCCUUCCCUGUCGUCAUUUGAGGAGAAGUUCAAUGAUCUUACAACUGCAGAAAAAGUGGAGGAGUUGAAAAAACUUGUUUCUCCACAUAUGCUUCGAAGACUUAAAAAGGAUGCCAUGCAGAAUAUCCCCCCCAAGACUGAGCGAAUGGUUCCUGUUGAGCUGUCAUCCAUCCAAGCUGAAUAUUAUCGUGCAAUGCUAACCAAAAAUUAUCAGAUAUUACGGAACAUUGGGAAAGGAGUUGCUCAGCAGUCAAUGCUAAACAUUGUGAUGCAGUUAAGAAAAGUUUGCAAUCAUCCAUAUCUGAUACCAGGCACUGAGCCUGAUUCUGGAACAGCAGAGUUCCUUCAUGAAAUGCGAAUAAAAGCUUCAGCCAAGUUGACUCUGUUGCAUGCUAUGCUUAAGAUUUUGCAUAAAGAAGGUCACAGAGUUCUUCUAUUUUCACAGAUGACCAAGCUUCUUGAUAUCCUUGAGGAUUAUUUGACUAUCGAAUUUGGACCUAAAACAUUUGAGAGAGUAGAUGGUUCUGUUUCAGUGGCUGAUCGUCAAGCAGCAAUCACUCGAUUCAAUCAAGAUAAAAGUCGAUUUGUCUUUUUGUUAUCAACACGCUCAUGCGGCCUUGGUAUCAAUUUAGCAACUGCUGACACUGUCAUUAUAUAUGAUUCUGAUUUCAACCCUCAUGCUGAUAUCCAAGCUAUGAAUCGGGCACAUCGAAUUGGACAAUCAAAUAGACUUUUGGUCUAUCGGCUUGUUGUCCGUGCCAGUGUUGAAGAGCGAAUCUUGCAGCUUGCAAGGAAGAAACUUAUGCUUGAUCAGCUUUUUGUGAACAAGUCUGGAUCUCAAAAGGAAGUGGAAGAUAUUUUAAAAUGGGGAACAGAAGAGCUGUUCAAUGAUUCUCCUGGCUCUGAUGGAAAGGAUGCUGGUGAAAACAAUAGUAAUAAAGAGGAGACAGUGGUAGAUACAGAACAUAAGCAUAGGAAGAGGACUGGUGGCCUGGGAGAUGUCUACAAGGAUAAAUGUACUGAUAGUAGCAACAGGAUCAUGUGGGAUGAAAAUGCUAUAUUAAAAUUGCUUGAUCGUUCAAAUUUGCAGUCUGGAUCAACUGAUAUUGCUGAAGGAGAUUUGGAGAAUGAUAUGCUUGGCUCAGUAAAGUCCCUCGAGUGGAAUGAUGAACCAACUGAAGAACAAGGAGGAGCUGAAGCAUCUCCAGGUGUGAAUGAUGAUAUCUGCACACAAAGUUCUGAAAGGAAAGAUGAUAACAUAGUGACAGUCACUGAAGAAAAUGAGUGGGACAGGCUGUUGCGUGUGAGAUGGGAGAAGUACCAAAGUGAGGAGGAGGCAGCUCUUGGUCGUGGGAAGCGUCUUCGGAAAGCUGUUUCCUACAGGGAAGCAUAUGCACCACACCCAAGUGAGACGUUGAGUGAGAGUGGUGGUGAGGAGGAGCGUCAGCCAGAACCUGAGCCAGAGCGAGAAUACACACCUGCAGGACGAGCUCUAAAAGCCAAAUUUGCUAAGCUUCGUGCUAGACAAAAAGAGCGGCUUGCUCAGAGGAAUGCAAUUGAAGAAUCACGUCCUAGUGACAGAAUGCAUGGACUUGAAUCGUUCCCCCAGUGUCCACCCACCAAUGCAAGAGAUGGUGAACAAGCAACUGGAUUAGUUCAAUCUGUAAAAGAGAAGUCUCUGAUAAUUGACUUGGAGGAUAACAAUCCUAAGAGUGACUCCCCCUUAGGGCAGGGGAGGCUGUCAAAGAAUAAAAGCAGCCAUCUUGAACUUUCUGUUUAUCCUCCUGAGCACCCCUCUCCUGACAUUUUCCUUUCAAGUCACCAACUUCAUGGAAAAAGCUAUACUAACUCAUCACUCACCAAUCAUUUAGUACCAGUUCUGGGACUAUGUGCUCCCCAUGCUAACCAAAUGGAGUCAUCACAUCGGAAAUUUUCUAGAUCAAAUGGGAGAAACAGUCGCACAGGGGCUGGACCAGAGUUUCCAUUUAGCUUAGCCCCUCAAUCUGCCUCCUUGUCUGAGACAGAGGUAAAAGAUCUGGAGAUGAUGCAAAACAGGGUGAAAUUGUCAGAUGUUUCAACAGACAUUUCACAACAGCAACUUAAGAAUAGCAUCCCAGAUGGUUGUCUCCCAUUUAACCCGUAUCCUUCUGCUGUCCAAGGAAAGGGCUUUGAUCAUUUUGAAAGUUCUGGGGCUACUUCAUCUGAUUUUCAGGAAAAAAUGGCAUUGCCAAACUUGCCGUUUGACGAUAAAUUGCUUCCAAGAUUCCCACUUACAGCUAAGAGCAUGCCAACUUCUCAUCUUGACUUCUUACCAAGCUUGUCUUUGGGUAGCAGAUUCGAACCUGCAAAUGGCUCCUUGCAAGAACUCUCCACAAUGCCAUUGCUGCCCAAUUUAAGAUUGCCCCCAGAUGCAUCAAGAUACAACCAGAAAGACAGAGAGGUGGCCCCCACCCUCGGUUUGGGACAUAUGCCAGCUAUGUUUUCUUCAUUCCCUGAAAACCAUAGGAAGGUUCUUGAAAACAUAAUGAUGAGGACUGGUUCUGGAUCAAGCAAUCUGCAUAAGAAGAAAUCAAAAGCAGACAGUUGGUCAGAAGAUGAACUUGAUUUCCUUUGGAUUGGUGUUCGUAGGCAUGGGAGGGGUAAUUGGGAUGCGAUGCUUAGAGACCCCAGGUUAAAGUUUUCAAAGUACAAAACUCCAGAAGAUUUGUCUGCCAGGUGGGAGGAAGAGCAACUCAAGAUCAUAGAGGGAACAGCUUUUUCUGUACCAAAACCAAGCAGGUCGUCAAGGUCUACCAAAUCCUCCUUGUUUCCAGGCAUAUCUGAUGGAAUGAUGGCCAGGGCUCUCCAUGGAAGUAGACUUGUUACUCCGCCUAAGUUUCAAAGUCACAUGACCGACAUGAAAUUGGGUUUUGGUGAUCUUUCAUCCUCACUGUCACCUUUUGAAACAUCAGAUAAAUUGGGUUUACAAAAUGAGCAAUUUACUCCUGUUCCAACUUGGUUUCAUGAAAAAUAUCGGGCAAAUAUUUCUGGAGAUUCUGGUGCAGGACCUUCUGAUAGACCAGGUAGUUCUUUGAAUGUACCUAUCGAAAAGCCAUUUUUGCUCAAUUCUUUUGGAACCAGUUGCCUUGGUCCGUUAGGUCCAAGUUGCUCAAGCAGCCAUGAUAUACAGCAAAAAGAAGAUGACCAGGGUGCCAGUAAGUAUGGGAAGUUGCCUAGUCUUCUGGAUAGAUCAUUGAAUGUUUUGCGUGAUUCCAGCAAUAAUUUGGGUAGUGGUGAAUCCAGCAGUUCAGCACUGCUACCAGAACCCAAGCGAGGGCUAUUACAUACAAAGGGGGAAGCUGUACCUGGAAGUAGUUGUCCGAAGGACAAACUACCUCAUUGGCUACGGGAAGCUGUUAAUGCUCCAUCAAAACCCCCAGAAGCCGACUUGCCGCCCACUGUAUCAGCAAUUGCGCAAUCAGUUAGGUUGUUAUAUGGAGAUGAGAAACCAACCAUUCCUCCAUUUGUGAUCCCUGGUCCCCCCCCUCCUGCACCGAAGGAUCCAAGACGAAGUUUAAAGAAGAAAAGGAAACGGAAGUCACAUUUGUUCACACGGGUGCCACCAGAUAUUGCUGGAAGCAGCCAGGACAUUCAAAGCCCUUUCAUGGGUGAUGAUGCUUCAAGUUCAAUUCCAUUGGCCCCACCACUCCCUCUGCUUCCUCAAGUAACUUCAAGGGUUGACACUGAGCUCAACUUACCUUCCCUGCAUUUAAAUAUGGACCCAUCAUGUUCGUCAACACAUCUGAACCAGCAGAAGAAAACAAGUAUGGGACUGUCCCCCUCUCCUGAAGUGCUUCAGUUGGUAGCAUCCUGUGUUGGCCCACAUCUGCCAGCAGUUUCUGGCAUGACAAGCUCAAGCUUGCUUGACAAGAAGCUAUCCUUGCCAAAAUCUGUUGACCGAGUAGGACUUUCAGACUCAAAAAUUGUUUUCGGUAAAAAGGAAGAUAAGCAGGGUGCAUCUCAAAAGGCAUGGGAUUCACUUAAGGAAGAAAAAACAGAUGAUCCUGAAAGUGGGGAUUCAAGCAAAACUCAAUCAGACCCCUCCAGGCAUGAACGGCCUGAUGUAGAGGAAAUUUCUUCUGAGGGCACCGUCUCAGAUCAUCCUUUGAGUGAUCAGGAAUCAUAGCUGUAAUUUGUGAGUGAAAUUCAAACAUAGAUAUUCUUUAGUGGUACUGAAAAGAUCUUCACCAAUGUGCUCGAAUUUUUGUAGGUGUUAUUGCAGCGAGUGAUUAGUUAACUAGUCAAUAUAGGAUUGUUUAGAACAACUCGUGUAAAGUUUCUGUAAGAGAAUGAAAAAUAUAGUGUUGCCUUUCUUGUUA